AUGGGGAACUGCCUGGUGAUUCAGGACAGGAAGGAGAUGAAGAUCGUGAGCGUGGACGAUGUGAGCAGCGAAGUCCUCAAGGUGCCACCCUGCAGCAGAUUGAUGAAGGUCCAUGACGACUCCCUCGGCGAGCCCCUGCCGGCGGCGAGCGUUCUUCCGGUGAAGGCGCCAGCGGGCACCGUCAGGGUGAAGCUGGUGAUCAGCAAGCGGGAGCUCAAGAAGAUGCUCGACAAACAGGGCAUGUCGCUGGACGACAUGGUGGUGUCUCUCAUGCGCAAAGAAACAAGCGAUCAUGAACAGGAGUGUUGCGGAGGGUGGCGGCCUGCGCUGGAGAGCAUACCAGAGGGCAGUGAUCUAUAG